AAUACGGGCACAUAGAAAGUUCGAAGUUGCCAGCACGGAGAAAUUGAUGGAAAAUUCUCAGCACGUUGAUUCGCCUUCUCUUCUUUUUGAUGGACAACUGGGCGUCGGAUCACCCAACUCAACUUGAGAUCUCUGCAAUAUGGACUUAAAAUGCACCUGAGGCUCCGAGCUUCGGUGGAACCAGAACCGUAGAUGUCACCGCUGGGUACGAUGAUGGCCUAGGGCUUUGGGACGCCAAGAUCAACAGCACAGCUGAUUUGGUUUCGUGAGCGAUUGGAAAUCGGCGAAUAUGUAUAACAGCCUGGCACUGUCGUUUGGAGUUCAAAAUAAGUAAUUCGCUUUCACCUGAGCCAGGAUGAGUUGGAACGUCAGAUGAAGAAAAUCCAUAAGAAUGAAUCUCUGGAAGACAAGAACCUACAAUCUGGAAGUGGAAACAAUAGAUUACCACGGCAAGAUUCAUGGAUCUUUGAUAGUGUAGGAGGGUAUUUUCUGCCCAAUGAAGAUUUGGCUAAAUUGUCGCUGCCGCGUCAGGAACAGUUGCUGAUGAGGGAUCUAAUCUAUGCGUUUUCGGGAGUACCCUCAUCGUAUAUUAAGCCCGAUAUACAUAUCGAUCAGAUUUCGCAAAUGCGUUCAGUAGAUAUAGCCAAGGUGCGCUUUCGUUUGAAUGAGGCAUUCAAUGGAGCCUUCCGAUCAAUGGCCAAUGAAGUGUUACCCCUGAUCGGUUACUAUAUCAGUGUUUGCAGCUUUAUAGAGGAGACCAACACGACGCCGAGUUGUGGAAGAACUCGACUGGCUUUGGCCUCCGCUUUGGCUGACCAAAUGCAGGAGUACUAUGAUCUGCAGUCCAAAUUGGAAACAAAUUUGCAGGAAAAGAAAUUGAAUCUGAAGGAACUGGUACGACAGGUGCGUCCUUGGUUGUCUAUCUUGAAGAUCUUUUCCAGCAUGGUCUGUAGUUCUCGUGGAAAGUUGAACAGCGCCCAGUUACUGACAUUGCUCAGUCAGUAUCACUCUGAUACGAAGGAUACCGAACAGGAUCUAAGGGAGAGAGUGACCAAAAUUAUAACUAUUGUAUCUGGUGCCUACAUGAAGAUUGUUCAGUUAUGGGUGCAGAAAGGCGUCCUUUACGAUACACAACAUGAGUUCUUUGUGGAGGACACGGAACGAUCGAAUGCAAUGAGCAGUACUCUAUUGACGCCCGAGAAAUGUUGCCACGCCUACUGGGCCCAACGGUACCGCCUUCUGCCGGAACGCUUGCCAGCCUUUUUGCUUUCCCAGGCAGAUGAAGUGUAUCUAGCAGGGAAGUACCUGAAUAUCUUGCGCCAAUGUAAUGUGACCAUGACGCUGCUGCAGAACUCACUUUCCUAUAAGCCUGGCGAGACAGGCCACGAGGAGAUCAUCAAAAAUAGCUAUGAUCUUCCGGCAAAACAACUUCUGAAUGUCUUAGUCAAGGAACAUAAUCUGCCUUUGCAUAUUCGCAAUUUGAGAUCCUAUUUCCUGUUGCAGCAGGUGGGAUUCUCUGAGACUCUGUUUGACAAAUGCGAGAAGCAACUGAAGUGCAAUGUAGAUAGGUUGAUCCCGGAGAAACUACAGACCCUGCUUAUUGAGACCCAGCAGAAAUCCAAUGAUAUCUUCAAAGACUUGCUGCGCUGUCAACUUAAAGACUGCGAUGUGGCUACACAGAUGACAAAGCGGUAUAAGGUUAGUAAAUCCGCAGGAGAAGGUCAGGACAAGGAGAGCUCUGCCGAGGAGGACCCACCAGAAGUUCUUAAUCUUUAUGGUUACGAAUCAUUCGCUCUUCGCUAUGAAGCCAAAUGGCCAUUGAGCUUUGUACUUUACCCAGAGUUCAUGGAGCAAUUGCAAAUCCUCCAGCGUGUUCUGCUUUUCCUUCACUAUGUGAAACGCCACUUGACAGUCCUGUGGCAAAAUCCAUCUGAGGGCAAGAGUCUUAAACUUACCAAGCAGCCCGGAGAUCUCCGUCAGCUUAUGCUAAUGUGUAUCUUGCAUUUUGAGCACCACAUCAUCCAGGACAUCGCAGAACCACGUUGGCAAUCGUUGCUCCUAAUGGUGGACGCGGCCCAAACUAUCGACGAGGUUGUGAAUAAGCUUGAAACCACCGUGGAUGAAUGUGUCCGACUUGGACUGCUUCCCUGUGCCAACACCUUUGUCAAGGCUAUAUUCACCCUGGGCCAUGUGUGCCUCAACUUUUGUGGCUUUGUGGAAUCUCCGAAAGAGGAUAGAACUACAAAGGAAUUUGAAAAUGGCGUUGAUGAGUACAAAGAGGAAUUCAACAGCUUUUUGACCAGCAUCCUGGAGUUGGUAAGAGAGUUGGCCAAGAGCAGUGACCCUGGGCAAAGGGAAUCCUGCAAGCAAUUGGCGAAACGUCUCGAGGGAUUCUGUGAGUGUAAAGAAGGGGAUUAGGUUGAUGUUUUAUACAAAAAGAUAUAUCAUUAAUGAGUAAAAAUCAUCCGUGUCCUCAGGUCUUCAUGCCCAUCAAAAUAUAAACUUAUGAAAUAUA